AUGAAGGAAUUUGGAAUUGAUCCUGACCAAUGGGAAGUCUUGCUGCUGCAGCCCCAGGGCAAUGUGUGGAUGUCAGCGGGAGAGACUCUCACGCUGACCUGCUCUGUGACUGGGGUCACUCCAGUAAGACCCGUGAAGUGGUUCAAGGGCUCAGGUAGUGGCCGCCAGCUUGUUUAUGCACCUACAGGAUCAUUCCACCGGGUGACGAGGGCUGUGAGUGGCUCUGACACAGACUUCACCAUCCGCGUCAGUGACACCCGCCCCACGGACGCCGGGUCCUAUCGCUGUGUGAAGGUUAAGAAGGGGUCGGGACCCGAUGCGGAGAUCAGAUCCGGCGCUGGCACGGCCGUGUCUGUGAGCGCCCCUGGGCUGUUUCCUGGUUUCCUGGUUCCUGGUUCCUCGCACCGUCGCUGCCUGCCAAUGUCUCCGUCUGCGCCUCCAUCCCCACAGGCCAGGAAAUGAGUCCACGGAUGCACCUGCAGUGAGCUCUGCUGGUCGGGCAGAGGGAGCCCAGGCCUGAUGGGAUGUACCCACCAAACUCACCCACCUCCUGAUGGAGCAGCCGACGUGGAAUUCCUGACUUGGCUUCUGGCCACUCCGCCCAUCUCUCUACGCUGUCUGCACUGACCUUCACUUCAGGGAGCAAGCUCAAAUAUGAGAAAUUUAAUUAUUGAUUUUA